GUUCCUAAAGAAUAGGCUAGCGAAGAAGAAGAAGAAGAAGAAGAAGAAGAAGGCGGCGGCGUUGGCCUGUGAUGAGACUUUAACUUUUAAAGAUGUCGAACCGGCUUCCAAAGAAAAUUCUCGUGACGGUCAUUGUGUCUGUUUCCGUUAUACUCGUCCUCCAUGGAAUCAAUAAGGAAUAUUUUGUAACAGGUAUCCUGAAUUCACGAAAGCCUGGAAAUGUUGAUGUAGGCCAGAUCUGGAGACAUUUUAGUCAGAAAACACAAGAGAGUUCUGAGCAAUUAGCUUACAACACAACAAGUGUUGCUCACUGGGAAGCCAAUUUAGCAGCCCAAAAUGCAUCCACCCAGGAAGAAGCCGUCAAGAAAAUUAUGCAGAAUUCAGUCAAGAUCACGGACGCAGAGACCAAAAGCACGUGCCAGCGGAGGAACAACAUCGGUUUCUUCAAGAUGCACAAGUGCGGGAGUAGCACCGUGCAGAAUAUAUUGAUGCGGUACGGCAUUCGGUACGAUUUGAACUUCGUGCUGCCGCCAUCUGGGAACUACCUGGGACAGACGUACUUCAACAGGCGCUUCAUGAUGACCUUUCCGGUCCACGAGUACAACAUUCUCUGCCAUCACACGCGCUUCAGCAAAGAAGGAUUUGUCUCUGUGUUGCCUGCUGACUCUGCCUAUGUGACCAUCAUCAGAGAUCCUGCCACCAUGUUUGAGUCCACCUACACCUACCUGCAAUACCAGCGUCGGUACGGUGUCUCCUUAUCCACCUUCCUGGAAAACCCGAAUAACUACUAUGAACCAAACCCUGGAAAAGACCAUGCCAAAGAUUCUAUUCUCUUUGACCUAGGUCUAGAGAACAAUCUCAAGACCAAUGCUGGCGCAGUCGCCAAGAAGAUCCAGCGCAUCUCAUCCGAAUUUGACCUGGUCAUGUUGACGGAGCACUUCUCUGAGUCCCUGAUCCUCCUUAAAGAACUCAUGUGCUGGGACUUCCAGGACAUUGCCUUCUUCAAGAUGAACGCACGCAGCCCCACAUCCGUUAAAACCCUCACCGACACAACCAUGAAGAAGAUGCGGCAAUGGAACGACGGUGACACAAAACUGUAUGAUUUCUUCAACAGGACAUUCUGGGAGAAAGUAGAUGCCUUCGGGGAAGAGCGUAUGCGCAGGGAAGUCACCAAACUCGAGGAGAUGAACCAGAUGCUGAAGGAUCGGUGUAUAGAUAAAGUGGUUACCAACGACAAAGGUGUUUGGCACCCAACAGGUAUCAAUGUGGAAAGCUUUAAAUUGAAAGAAUCUGUAGCACACGAUAAAGACUGCCAAUUGAUGGCCAAGACGGAACUUCCUUUUACCUCCUAUGUCCGACAAAAACAGCUCGCCAAAUACUUUGGACAAAAAGCGCCUGUCCUUUGAGGCCAGCCUGGAUGAAUUUUUGAAUACCAUACUCCCUAUCCCACCUAAAGAUGCAUAGUAGUGGGCUAUCAUGGGAAGUUUGAUUCCAUUUGGGUGUUUACCAAAUAACAGGUGCUGUCAAUCACUAGGAUUGCCCUUCAGUUUUUAUGACAAACAGGCCUUAUGUAAUGCUUUGCAUUUUCCACCAAUCACCCCAUAUGGAAAGGUGCAAUGGCUCAGUGGUCUCAUAACCAGGAGGUCCUGGGUUUGAAACCAAGUCGCUGUGCUAGUGUCCUUUGGUAAUGCUACGGUCACAAAGGUUCGUACGAACGAUAAUUUCGUACGGAUCUCCCUGUUUUUCCAUUGUCUUCCCGAAUUUCCAUUGCCUGAAAAUGUUCGUACGGCGUUCGUAGCAGUUCGUAAUGGCAUUUGUGACCGUGGCUUAAGGCUUUAAUCCUCAUUACCAAGUUCCUUGGAGACGACUUAAAGCCAUUACAAUUUAUUCAUGCUUUCUUAGUAGUCGGGUAAAUCAAAUAAAUCAACCAAAUUACAAAGAGUAUUAUUCUUGUGAUAUUGUCUUGUCCUGGGAUGUCUUUCUUUUUGCGCAACUUUGACCAAUAAAUGUCUUAUAAAUUGUAUAUAAAACAUUAACGAAAAAGAGUGGAAAAGUUAGUAAUAGAUCAACAGCAGUGUCGAGUUGUUUUCGGACAUAGCAAUAAUGUUGUUUUUAUAUGUUAUGAAAUGCUAUUAUCUUUUUAUAAAGAACAUGUUUAUAUACAGUGAAACUAGAGAUUGUCAGAACUUUCACAAUAUUUUUUUUUCUUCUUCACAGUAUUCAUGCAUUUCUUAACUUUUUCCCUUGAGUCUACAUCUAAUAAUGUAUGUACAAAGAGAAGAAUUUUAUUGUGGUUUGUAUGAUAAAUAUUUGUAUUCAUUUUCAAUCAAUUCAAUUCAGGUUAUAUCACAUCUCUUUAUAAAACACCAUUAAGAAAUAUUUGUGAAAAGCAUUGUAGUUUAUGGGCAAGUCCAUGCUAUUUUGGCCCAUGAGUUCCAAAUCACAAUUACCAUAUGAGAUGUUAAUUUACAGUUAUGUCAUCAUUUGUCAUGAUUGAGGUUAAGGGCAAUCAAAUGUUGGUUAGGAGUGGAUUUGUAUUGAAAAAACAGAGAAAAAUUAGAGAAACAGACAGGUGAAAGUUUGAAAUCAAUCAGACAAAAGAUAAGAAAUGUAUACAUU